AUCAAUUUGAGUGCUCCUAUAAAUCGCUAAGACUGCGCAGGGACAUAUUCAUUUCUUGAAUGCACCAUGUACGUUCAACAUUGAUAUCACAGUGCUCGGCUAAAUUCAGUAAUUCACUUGUGAAUUGUGGUUGAAUUUUUGUAUGGUGAACGUAUUACAUAUAAACAAAAAUGAAGAUAUUAAUGAGAGCUGAUACGCAUUAUAGCAUUGUUGUAAGUGGCAGUGAAUAUGAAAAGCCGAAAUAUACAUUUUCACAGAUAUUAGCUGCAAUUGCCGUAUCGAUGGGAUCGAUGAUUGUGGGAUAUUCUUCUGCAUAUACAUCGCCUGCGCUGGUGACAAUGCAAAAUAGCACGAGCAUAUCCGUUUCAGAGGAAGAAGCAAGCUGGGUUGGUGGUCUUAUGCCGUUAGCUGCAUUAGCAGGAGGAGUGCUAGGAGGCCCUUUGGUGGACUAUAUCGGCCGACGAAGAACUAUUCUUUUCACAGCAGUUCCGUUCUUUGUUGGCUGGAUGUUAAUAGCUACUGCCAAAAUUGUUCACUUGGUGCUUGCCGGACGGGCAAUAUGCGGCCUAUGUGUAGGUAUCGGUUCCUUAGCUUUUCCCGUGUAUCUUGGAGAAACGAUUCAACCAGAAGUUCGCGGCACUUUAGGAUUGUUCCCCACCGCCAUUGGAAAUAUUGGUAUUCUAAUUUGUUACGUUGCUGGAAAAUAUCUUGAUUGGUCUCAACUGGCGUACCUUGGUGCGGCUCUGCCUGUUCCAUUCUUAGUACUCAUGUUUAUGAUCCCUGAAACGCCUCGUUGGUAUAUUUCUCGCGGACGAAACGAAGAAGCUCGUAAAGCUUUGCAGUGGCUUCGCGGUUAUAAUACUAAAAUUGAUAACGAGAUGCGCGACAUAGCUCUUUCAGACGCUGAGAUAGAAAACGGAUCGAGCGUUAGAGAAAUACUUAACAUGAAAUAUAUGAAAUCGAUAUUAAUUUGCUUAGGCCUUAUGGCUUUUCAACAGAUGUCUGGAAUAAACGCUGUUAUAUUUUACACGGUUAAGAUAUUUAAAAUGUCUGGAAGUUCUGUUGAUGAAAAUCUAUCUACAAUCAUUGUAGGUCUUGUUAAUUUUAUAUCAACAUUUUUUGCCACAGCUCUCAUCGAUAGAGCCGGACGUAAAAGGUUGCUUUAUAUUUCAUCUGUGACUAUGACUAUUACACUUGUUGUUUUAGGUUCAUUUUUUUACACACGUGACAAUUUAAAUUUAGAUGUAUCGAAAUUGGGAUGGCUUCCCCUUACAAGUAUUAUGAUUUAUUUGCUUGGGUUUUCAUUAGCAUUUGGUCCGAUACCGUGGCUAAUGAUGGGUGAAAUAUUGCCUGCUAAAGUCAGAGGAGGUGCUGCAUCGAUCUGUACUGCUUUUAACUGGCUCUGCACAUUCACAGUAACAAAAACUUUCCAUAAUAUUUUAGUAGGUAUAGGACCCGCAGGUACGUUUUGGUUAUUUGGUUGUAUUUGUUUUAUUGGUUUAUUUUUUGUUGUCAUAUGUGUCCCAGAAACGAGAGGCAAAAGUCUUGAACAAAUUGAAAAUAAAAUGACCGGCAGAAUUAUACCAAGGAGUCGCAGAAUGAGUUCGAUUGCAAAUAUAAAGCCACUUCCUAGUGGUUGCUAAGUUGUAGUAAUUAAUGUAAUGAAAGCAAAAGGUAUAUAGGUAUUUAUUAUUACUUAUUAGUUGUUGUCAUCUAGUAAAAUCUGAAUUGUGUAAAUAUAGAGUAGUCCUUUCUGACAAGAUUCACAAGACCCAAAAACAGGGGUGUUAUAAGUUUGACGUGUGUAUCUGUGUUUCUGUGUAUCUGUGUAUCUGUCUGUGGCAUCGUAGCUCCUAAA